GAUCUCAAAAAUACUUGGAUUCUAUCCCUCCUGGUCAGUUCAUGGAUUCUUCACUUGUUAAGAGUUAUUUGUACCAAAUCCUACAAGGGAUUGUGUUUUGUCACUCUAGAAGAGUUCUACACAGAGUUAAACCUCAAAAUCUAUUGAUUGAUGACAAAGGAACAAUUAAAUUGGCUGAUUUUGGCCUUGCCAGAGCUUUUGGAAUACCUAUUAGAGUGUAUACACAUGAGGUAGUGACACUCUGGUAUAGAUCUCCAGAAGUACUGCUGGGGUCAGCUCGCUAUUCAACUCCAGUUGAUAUUUGGAGCAUAGGCACCAUAUUUGCAGAAUUAGCAACUAAGAAGCCACUUUUCCACGGGGAUUCAGAAAUUGAUCAACUCUUCAGAAUUUUCAGAGCUUUGGGCACGCCCAAUAAUGAAGUGUGGCCAGAAGUGGAAUCUUUACAAGACUACAAGAAUACGUUCCCUAAAUGGAAACCAGGAAGCCUAGCAUCCCAUGUCAAAAACUUGGAUGAAAAUGGGUUGGAUCUGCUCUCGAAAAUGUUAGUCUAUGAUCCAGCCAAACGAAUUUCUGGCAAAAUGGCCCUGAAUCAUCCAUAUUUUAAUGAUUUGGACAAUCAGAUUAAGAAGAUAUAGUUUUCUGACAAAGAGUUUCCACAUGUUGUAUCAAGAGCAGACAGUUACAUUUUUACUGUUAACUCUAUUUUUGUCUUGUGUAUUUUUCUUUUCUUUGUUGUAAAACUUAACUACUUCAUCUUCUAAUUUCAAAAGUAUAACUUAAAUAUGUAAAUAUUGUUCUAUAUGAAUUUAAAUAUAAUCUGUAUAUGUGUGUAGAUCUCACUGAAACAACUAUUUGUUACUAUAAUAAAACUAUAAAUCUAUUAGUGUCAAGAAUUGGGAAAAAUUGUUAGCUUAAAUCAUUUCAAGCCCAUAUAGCAGUUUGGUUUUCCUAUAGUUGGAACCACUAAAAUUUAGGAAAAUAUGCUAAGUUUUUAUGCUCUGACUCCUUAAAUUUUCUUGUCAUUUCUUGCCCUAAGGAUUUAUAUUUUUCUACUGAUACUUCAAUUUGUGACCUUAAUAUUUAAGCAUGCAGGAUAAAAAAACUAUCCAAAUUUCAGAAAAAAUGCUAAAUUUAUAGAGGUUUUCAGAAAUUUACAACACUAAUAUUAAAGCACGCCAAGGUUUGCUAAAGUUUACAGUCAAAAUAAAGGAUUGUCCAGAGCAGAGAAUAUCAGUUCAGAAAAUUUAUGAACCAUCUUAUUUUUAGGUUGGGUAUAAAAGCUAUUUGUCUUUGUGAAUUCUUAAGCCUUGAUCAAAAAUAAUAACAAAGGAAUUGCUUAUCUUGGCUUUCAAUUCUGACUAAAAACACUAUGUGCAAUUUUUGGCAUGAUGUUGUUUAUUAGCAGUUUUCUUAGAAGGUUCUAAUGUAUAAGUAUUUACCUAAAAUCACUAG